AUGCGCAAAGAAAUUUGCCCACGUGAUGUCCGAACACCAACGCCUCCGAAAAUCAUUCCCUCUCCAACUGUAUCUUCCGACAGUACUCAGAAAAUACAAAGUUCAUCGCCCGAAGUAACCGCUCUUCUCACAAAAGCAGACAAAUUGAUCAAAGAAAAGAAGAUCAAAAAAGGCCUAGAACUUCUUCAUCAAGCGCAGAGAAUCAAUCCGAAGGAUCCGGAGAUUCUAGUCAGAAUAGGGACAGUAAAGGUCGAUCAAAAUCAACCUGCAGAAGCUGAUCGAUACAUUUCAAGAGCGCUACAGCAAGAUCCUGGCCAUGAUCUAGCGCUGAUCAUGCGAGAAAAGACAAAAGAACUGGCGCUGCGAGUGGAUCAAGCAAAACUCAAAAACAUCGACUCGUCGAAAGACUUGCUUUUCGACAAAUAUUCUUCGCAUCAGGAAAACUUUCAACUGACAAAAACGCUCAACGACGAUUACUACCAAUUCGUUUAUCAUACGAUUGCAAUCGAGGGGAAUACGCUGACAUUUCAACAAGUUCGAGAUGUUUUGAUUACCGGUAAAGCGCCGAUUGGAACUGAUGUGACAGAGCUUGCAGAAGUGAUUGGAAUGGAAGCAGCGAUUCGAUAUGUAAAUCGAACUGUUGAAUUUCCAAUCACAGAAGACCACAUUCUCAACAUGCACCGCCGGGUCAUGUCGGGCGAUCCUGACAACGGAGGCGAGUACCGUACUCACCAAGUGUACGUCGGCUCCUUCACGCCCCCUCCUCCAGAAGCUGUCCCAAGAAUGAUGGAAGAGUUUACCAAUUUUCUCCAGUCCGAUCGCUUCAAAAAGCUGCAUCCGAUCAGACAGAGCGCACUAGCACAUCACACGCUUACAUUCAUUCAUCCCUUUGUCGACGGUAAUGGGAGGACGGCGCGAUUGCUCAUGAAUCAGAUUUUGCUAAAAGCCGAAUUUCCCUACGUCAAUAUCAAGGUCAAUGAUCGUCUUGAAUACUACAGGGUCCUUGAUGAAGCUUCAAAAGGAGACAUACUCGAGUUCGAGCGAUUUCUCAUGGACCGCGUAGAUGGAACUUUAGCUCGAUACAUCAGAACAUUGAGUGAUGACGAAGAACCAGAAACGACAAUCGAAGAAUCCAAAAAAAUCCACACGGACCCGUCGUAUCGAGAUGUUAUCGAGCUCUGA